AUGGCAUGGUGCCUAAGAUUUAUAACAAAUGAAUUAAGAGAAAAGGAUGAAUUAAUCUGCAUCAUCAAAAAUGUUCAAACAAUAAGCUUUUCGGAAGAAAUAAAGUGCAUUCAGUCUGGGAAAUCAUUGCCAAAAAGUUCCAAAAUACGCAAUUUAUGUCCAUUUUUAGAUAAUGAUAAUAUAUUAAGAGUUGGAGGCAGAUUGCAGAAUGCCACCCUCAAUUUUUAUAACAAACAUCCUGCAAUACUGCCUACUAAACAUUAUUUGACUAAAUGUAUUUUAACCUAUUUUCAUAGGAAAUAUCUACAUCUUACCAGACAGGCUUUAUUGUAUCAGGCUAAACCAGUUGUUUCUCAGCAACGUUUAGGUCAGCGUUCGGGGAACCGGGGUAAAUUACCCCAAAUGGGACAAAGAUUGAAUAGCAACUUGUUUGGUACAUUUGAUCAGCGUUCAGCAUCAAGGGCUAGCUUUGAAGUAGCCUGGUUGAUUGCUCAAAAUAAGAAACCAUACACUAUUGGUGAAGAUUUGGUUAAACCAGCUGCUGUAAAAAUGGCAGAGAUUAUGUGUGGUCAAAAAGAAGCGAAGAAACUAAAUUCAGUGCCCUUGUCUGCGAGAAUUGUGAAAGAACGAAUUUCUAUAUUAGCAGAAAAUGUGAAGGAACAGGUUGAUGAGACAACUGAUUUUAGUAGCAAUUCACAGCUAAUGGUAUAUGUUCGCUACAAAGGUGCAGAUAAUUUUGAAGAGGAAUUGCUGUUUUGUUCUCCUCUCGAGUUGAGAUCUCGUGGAAUUGAUGUCUACAAUAAAUUAGGUAAUCUACCUUAUGAAAGAGUGAACCAAAAUUAUGUUUUUAAUUGUACAGGAAUAGACUUUUAUGGACAUUUUCUCAUAAAAUAUAAGAAUCAAAGAAUAAAUACAUAUAAUAAAAUUUAUGUGUGUAUAUUCAUUUGCUUUGUGACUCGAGCCAUACACCUGGAAACAGUAUCUGAUCUCACAUCUGAUUCAUUUAUUGCUACAUUAAAGAGAUUUUUCUCGAGACAUGGUAAAAGUGCCAAAUUAUUUACAGACAAUGCAAAAACAUUUAUUGGAGCCCAGGCAGAAUUGAAACAAUUGUACAAUAUGGUAAAUAAGCCAAAUGAAAAAUUGGCUAAUUAUUUGUCAUCAGAAAACAUUCAGUGGAACUUCAACCCCCCUAGAGCCCCAAACUUCAGUGGAUUGUGGGAGGCAGGAGUUAAAUCAUUCAAGUAUCACUUAAAAAGAGUUGUAGGUGGUACAAUCUUGACAUUAGAAGAGUUUCUCACCAUCACCAAUCAAAUCAAGGAAAUUUUAAACAGUUGCCCCAUUUCCCCGUUAUCAGUGGAGCCAGAUGAUCUUGAGGUAUUAACACCUGCUCAUUUCCUUAUAGGUAGACCAAUUGACACACUACCAGAGAUUGAUCUCAAAUCUCUAUCAGACAAUAGACUUUCACAUUGGCAACGUGUAACAAAAAUGACGCAAAUCAUUUGGAAGCAAUGGACUAAUACAUAUUUAAAUAAUUUACAACAACGGAAUAAGUGGAUGAUGGAAAGAGAUAAUAUUAAAAUAGGGACAUUAGUCAUUAUCAAGGAAGAUAAUAUACCUAUCUUUAAGUGGUUAGUGGGAAGAAUUACAGAAGUUUUCCCAGGGUCUGACGGUAAAGUAAGAGUUGUAAGUGUAAAAACAAAAAAUAGUGUAUUUAAACGCAGUGUAUCAAAAAUUUGUGUUCUAUCUAUGGAGAACUGAAGUUGUGUUUUGUAAAAAAAAUUGUUGUUUUGUAUGUAUAUAACUUGUUGAACCUUGGAAGGUUCAAGGCGGGAGGAUGUUAAGUUCAGUGUAACAUGUGUGAGACGU